UAUUUUAAAAAUUGAUUUAACUUAUUAACGAUGAAUUCCGUUUGAUCCCUUCAAGCCAUUAACACCCUUAGCUAAGAGAAAUGGCGGCCGUCACUCGAUUUCAUCUUCUCCAACCAUCUACGCUCCUCAAAUCGUCUUCGAUCCUCUCCAAAUAUCAUCAUGCUACUCCGUUCUUCACUAUCUCCGCAAAUAACAACACCGAUCUCCGCCAAUUCCGCCGCGGACGCGGUUACCGUAAUUUAUCCACCAUUCCGCCGCUUAGGUGUAAUUCCGAGAAUAGUAGUUCAAGUACUGAAUCGAACCACUCGAUAGUCAGCGAUCUUCUGGACUACCUUAAUGAAUCCUGGACUCAUUUUCAUGCCACUGCUGAAGCAAAAAGACAACUAGUUGCUGCUGGAUUUCAUUUGCUGAAUGAGAAUGAAGAUUGGGAACUGAAACCUGGUGGUCGCUAUUUUUUUACGCGAAACAUGUCAUCUUUAGUUGCCUUUGCAAUUGGGGAAAAGUAUUCAAUUGGCAAUGGAUUUCAUGUCAUUGCUGCUCAUACAGAUAGCCCAUGUCUAAAACUGAAGCCAAAGUCUGCUUCAUCUAAAUCUGGCUAUCUUAUGGUCAAUGUACAGACUUAUGGUGGUGGUUUAUGGCACACUUGGUUUGAUAGAGACCUAAGCCUGGCUGGAAGGGUUAUUGUUAGAGCUGAGGAUGGUUCCUUUUCGCAUAAGCUAGUUAAGAUAAAGAGGCCUUUGCUGCGAGUGCCUACACUUGCUAUCCAUCUUGACAGGACAGUAAAUACAGAUGGUUUCAAACCAAACCUUGAGACUCAGCUCAACCUUCUUUUGGCAACAGAAGCUGAUAAAAUAUCCAAUGAAAAAAGUGAUGCAUCUUCAAAAGCUGCUCACCACCAACUGCUUAUGCAGAUCUUGUCAGAUGAGCUAGGCUGUCAGGUUGAGGAUAUUGCUAACAUAGAACUAAAUGUCUGCGACACUCAACCCAGCUGUCUUGGAGGUGCUAACGAUGAGUUUAUAUUUUCUGGAAGAUUGGAUAAUCUGGCUUCAAGUUUUUGUGCAUUGAGAGCUCUCAUUGAUGCAUGUGCCUCACCUGAUGAUUUGCUUAAUGAGCAUGCAAUUCGAAUGGUUGCUUUGUUUGACAAUGAGGAGGUUGGUUCGAAUUCAUGCCAAGGAGCAGGUGCUCCAACAAUGUUUGAGGCCAUGAGAAGAAUAAUUGAUUGUUUAGGUCAGAAGAUUGUUGGUGAAUGUGGAUUUGCACGAGCAAUUCGUCACUCUUUUCUUGUAUCUGCUGACAUGGCUCAUGGAGUCCACCCCAACUUCGUGGAUAAGCAUGAAGAAAACCAUAGGCCAGUGUUGCAGAAGGGGCUUGUAAUAAAGCAUAAUGCUAACCAACGUUAUGCUACAAGUGGAAUUACAUCUUUUCUAUUCAAGGAGAUUGCUGAAACCCACAAUCUCCCCACACAGGAGUUUGUUGUGAGAAACGAUAUGGGUUGUGGUUCCACUAUAGGUCCCAUACUUGCUUCAGGAGUUGGAAUCCGUACCGUUGAUUGUGGCAUAGCUCAGCUAUCCAUGCACAGUGUAAGAGAAAUCUGCGGCAAGGAGGAUGUGGAUAUCGCUUACAAGCACUUCAAAGCAUUUUAUAGAACAUUCUCAAGCAUAGACAGAAAGCUAAAAGUGGAUUUCUAACUGAAGAGCAUGUAGCUCGGAACUCUGUUUUUUAACCAAAGUUUUAUUUAGCAUAUGUUUAUCAUAGCACAUCUAUCCCAUUUCUGUGGAACUACAGAAAUAGGUAUUACAAGAUGUAGAAUGGAAACAACAAUAAACUAGAAAAUUAUUACCGGAACAUUGACAAGGAAUUCUAAUGUCCUGAAACUUGUGUUUGAUAAGGGUGGGGUGUAUUUCACUUGUUGUGAGCAGAUGCUGAAGUAGAGCUGGUGUUGAGAUGCAGAGCACUUGCUUCCAGAAGCUUCUGCUUCAGCUGAGAAAGCAGGGCGUGCUGCUCCUGGUUGAGUUGUUCGGCUCUCUUGCGCAGCUUCUCAUUCUCCGUUGCCAUCAGAUAGUUCUCCCGGCGGAGCUCCUCGUUCUGCUUCUCCAUGUCUCACUCUACAAUUAGUGCAGCAAGAUGAGUAAUGAGGAGGAGGAGGAGGAGGUGAGUUAUGGUUGAUAUGAUAUUGAUGUUGUAUUUAUAGGAUGGAGAAGAGCAGACAAAGCAGAAAUAGUUGUCAUUGUAAAGCCUGAAUUGAGUAUGCUUUAACGGUUGCUUGGCUGUGAUUGUGAAGAGGGGCGUGGGAAAUGAUGGUGUUUGAGAGGGGAGCAUUUCAGUUGAGCAAGAGACAAAAUAUGUCAUCACAAACAUGUGUUCAAUCAUUAACAAAUCCGUGCUCUUCCAUGCUGUCACCAAGGAUGGGCAUAGUAUAAUUUUCAUUUGAAGCUCAUCUUCAAAUGAAUUGGGUCGCAUGUUUCAUCACUUAUAUUUGAAAAACUUCACAUAUAUCCUAUUUAGGUAAGUGUUAUCAUUGCAUAUUCGAAUUCGAAUUCGAAAAAAUAAAUGUUUUGUCAAACGCAUAUGUUAAUAUAUGUAUUUAAAUGAUAA